GCGCCAUGUUCGAAGGAGUCAACGCGUGCGCCAUCUGUCGGUCGAUUCUUGUUGGACGUCUUCUCGAGAAUCUCGGCCAGCCGAUUCCUUUGACGGAGAAACGGGAGAAAAAUGGCUUGCUCGGUUGUGCGGGCGCCUAUUUUGCGCAAUUCCUCGGUCCGCCACUAUGCAGCUGUAGCUGCUGCUGCUCAGUGCUCCGCAGCGAAAGGUCCGGAGAGUCAGGUAUUGAGCAACAAAAUUAUCAUCGCAGCGAUCGAGAACAAUAGUCCAGUCACCCAGAUUUCCAUCCUCUUCAAAGCUGGCUCAAGGAACGAGACCUACGAUACCCAAGGAACCGCUCACCUCCUCCGGGUAGCUGCAGGCUUGUCUUCGAAACGAUCAUCCAACUUCGGUAUCACUAGAAACAUUCAACAGCUUGGUGGCAACUUAACAGCUGUAUCCGAUCGUGAGAGCAUCGCUUAUACCUUGCAGGUCACUCGGGAUCACGUCGAUGCUGCAUUGAGCUUCUUGGAAGAUGCUGCUACCAAGCAAGUCUUCAAGCCUUGGGAAGUAUCAGACCAGUUUCCAAGGCUGCGAUACGAACUCUCAUUAAUUCCUGACACAGCUCGACUUGUAGAGCUCCUGCACAAGGCUGCAUUUCGCACAGGUCUAGGAUAUUCUCUGUAUUGCCCAAAGCGACAGGUCGGAAAGAUCAGUAAUGAAACGCUACAACACUUCGUGAAUACAUGGUUCUCUGGAUCGAGAUGUGCCGUGGUAGGCACUGGAGUGGCACUAUCGGACUUGCAGUGCUUCGCGCAAGGGCUGGAAAUCAGCUCUGGCGAUACCUGCAACGAAGCAUCCAAGUAUUACGGUGGUGAACUCAGGAAAGAGCGCAACUCUCCACUGGCCAGUGUGGCUGUCGCAGUCGAAGGAGCAAGUUUGAACAAUGAGAAAGAUGCCCUGGCCUUUGCCAUCCUACAGAGAGCAGCUGGCACUGGGCCACGGGUUAAAUGGGGAUCCAGUAUAGCUCCGCUGCACAAAGCUGUUGCCGCUGCUGCAGGACAGGAUCCCUUCGCUGUCACUGCCUUCAAUGCUACCUACAGUGAUUCUGGACUCUUUGGCUUCAUCCUUUCAGCCCCUGGCAAUAUUGCUGGACCACUGACAAAGGCUGCGUACAGUUGGCUGCGCUCUCCCAAGCUGUCGGAAUCUGACAUCACGCGUGGCAAGAACGACCUGAAAGCUGCUGUUUUGGCUGCAAGUGAGAACGGCAACACACAAUUGGAAUGUCUUGGACAGCAGGCUCUGUUAAAGGGACGAGUAAGCUCUGUUGCUUCGAUUGCUGCAGAGAUCGAUAAAAUCACUUCCUCAGAUGUCAAAAGUGUUGUUGGGAAGCUUAGCGGAAAGGUGUCAUUGGCAGCGAUCGGUGAUCUCAGCACAGUGCCAUAUGCUGAUCAACUCUGUUAGAUUCUAGAGUCUAACAUUCCACCGCUAGUAAACGAGAGUGACUACAUUGAGAUCUAUUUAAAGGAAAAAAAAAGUCGGAAUCAUGCAGGACUCUCGUUUUGUUCUAAAGAACGUAACGGUGAUCUGCUCUUCAUUGCAAUUCACGAGUAAUUGUGUAAAUAUUUCAAUAAAAAUUGUUUAACCCUAA